UGUUAUAUUAUAUUUAGUUUUGUUUAAAUUUAAAAAAAAUAUGAUGUUUACAAUACAUAAUGUACAUAAAUAUUACACAUAACUAGUUCAAUAUCAAUUUAUCUAUUAUUGAUUAUGCACGUUAAUCUCAGAAAAUUAUUAACAUGCUUCGACUUAUAUUAUUUAUAUAUUAGGAUUUUUAGUAGUAAUAAGCUUUCUGCUCAAAAGAAAAAGAAGCCUACUUGAAAUGGAUAAGAAAUACCCAGAGGAAGAAAACCUUUUACUAUAUGGCUCUUCAACAAACACUCCCCAAAAAGAGAAAUGUGAUAGCUUACCUGAAAAAAUAAUAAAUGAAAUGAAACAGCAAAGAAAAAGAAAGAGACUUAGGAGUAUUCGUCUUUUUAAGGUUAAGUUAUUCAAUCUUCUUGAACGUCCUCGUACAAAGUUUGCAGUCUUGUAUCACACAAGCGUUUUUGUGCUGGUGUUGGCGAGUUUAAUUUUGAGUGUUCUAGUAACAAUCGACAAUUAUAAAGCAAAUCUCUUAAUAAUAUAUGGCCUUAAUCGUUUGGAAAUUUCGUUGGUUAUCAUAUUUUCCAUAGAGUAUUUUUGUCGUCUUUGGUCGUGUUCUGCUCAUGUUCACUACACUGGCUUUUGGGGUCGAUUUCGUUUUAUUAGAAAACCUUACAUGGUGAUUGACUUAAUUGUGAUUGCUGCAGCCAUUGCAGUUGUUCCUGUGGUAGCUCCUUCAACAAUUGGUUCUGGAACAGAACUGUACAAUAAUUCUUUAUUUCGAUUUCUACAUUUUCUUCAAGUGCUUCGUAUAUUACGACUAGAUCGACAGAGUGGAGCAUUUAAAAUGGUUAGCCAUGUUGUUUUUGAACACAAAAAUGAACUUAUGACUUGUUGGUACUUGAGUUUUAUUUUACUUGUGGGUUGUUCUUUUCUGGUUUAUCUGGCAGAAAAAAGUGAUCCAACUGAAUCUUCUAACAAAAUUAAAAAUCUUGGUGAAGGAUUAUAUUUUGGAAUGAUAACCUUGUUAACAGUUGGUUAUGGGGACUUCAGUCCUAACAAUUGGGUUGCAAAAAUUGUCACUGUUGUAUUUGCAUUUAUUGGUACUGCAUUUUUUGCUCUACCUGCAGGUAUACUUGGUUCUGGUUUUGCUUUACAAGUUGCACAAAAUAAAAAACAAAAGCAUUUUAAUCGAAGGCUGUUUCCUGCUGCCAUGGUCAUUCAGUACGCAUGGAGGUCUUACUCAGCUGAGAACUGGUCAAGUAAAGUUUGGAAUAAGUAUAAAUUUAUAAUAGAAAGACCUCACUCGAACUUUGUGCGUAACAACCUUCAUGUUACAGCAUCACUAGACACUCAUAAAAGUAAUAUUUUUCAACGAAAAAAACGUAACUUUGGUGAACGUAACAUGUUAUUUAACUCUGUAAUGCAUCGUCAUACAGUUGAUAAUCAACCCAGCAAUGUAGAUUUGCGUGAGCGAUACCAUUCUGAAGGGAAUUUAUCAUAUCCAAAUUUAGAUAGUCUAGACCAUAAUCAAGCUACCAUUAUUAGUUUGCCGCCCACUAUAAAUCCAAAGAUUCCAAACGAGUUUUCUAAGUUACAAAGACAAAGUAUCGAUGUGUUACCCAGCACUCAACCAAUCACUCGACCUUUAAAUAAAGUUGAAAGAAAUGGUGUGCGGUUUUUGUUGAAAGUACAGUUAAAAGCAGCCUUAAGGAAGUUUAAGGUAGUUCGACGACCCUAUGACAUUAAAGAUGUAAUUGAACAGUACACAUCUGGUCAAAUAGAAAUGUUUGGGUUUAUUCGAAAAUUUCAAACACGGGUUGAAACUGCACUUGGUAUCAAGGGAGAAAAAUACAGUGUAGCAUCUCUUGAUUCGCGUUUAACUACUGUUGAAAGAAAAAUUGAUUCGAUCAAUAUGAAGGUUGAUUCGAUUAUUGAUAUAUUAGGUUCAAAGGGUUUUAAUAUCCGAAAAACAUCAAGAUGUGCAACUUUUUCUGAAACUUCGACUUGCGCAGUAAGAAAGCUCACAGACUUAAAUGAAAAAUCUUUUGAACAAGAAGCAUUUGACUCUGUAUGCUCUAAUAAAGACUCGUCAGAUGUAAAAGAAGGAAGGCUAAGGUCUGAAUCACGAUUCAUAAUUACUCCUGUUUUUCCAGCGCCAAUAAAUGUAGAUGACGAAUCUGUUUUUGCUGAAAAUGAAGAAGUUUUGUGCAAAAAUAAAAUCACUGAGCGGCUGAGCUUAAACAGCCUAAUAAGAGAAGAAGGAAAGCGAUCUGCAGUAAGUGCUGAUUCUUUGCAUUACCACAUGCGUUCAACUGAAUUUAAUAAUGACUUUGUUCAUUCCCGUGAUUCAAUAGAAUUAGCGCCCCUUAAUCAAAUAAGAAAUGCUGUAAGCGAGUCAUCGUUAAUUAAGACUGUUCCAGAGCACUCUUUUAGAUAACACUUUUUAAAUAAGUUCUCAUAAAGAACUCAAAAAAAUGUGCUAAUUGCUGAUUAAAUUUUAAUGCGAAACUAUGGUAACGGCUUUUAAAAAAAAAAUCAAUUUAAUUUACAUGACAAAUAAGCAAAAAAUAGAAAAGUAUUUCAAUAACUUGCUUAAAGAGCCAUAUCUAGAUCAUUUAAACUAAUAAAUAAAAUUAAAACUCUGAAAAGUAAACAAACUAAAAAAUAUUUGGUCAUGAUACGGGAGGUUAACAAAAAUUAUUUUCCCCUUUUCACCAAAAAAUCGCAGUCUGUGUCUCUAUAAAGUUUUGAAAAAUUGAAGGUGGUUGUAUAAAAUUGUGAAAAAAGAUUCGUUGCGUAAAGUUGUAAAAAAAAAGUAGUUUAUUGUCUUUUUUAUUUAAGCUUCCUUUUUCUUUAAUUUUACUUUUUACAGUUUUCGAACUAUUCACUUUUUUAACACCUUACUGUUUUACCCUAAUGUAGUUUUAUAAAUAAAAUUUAAAUAGUGAAAUUUUAUUGACGAAUUUUUAUUGGUCAAUCUGUUUUUUUGUACUUAAUUGGAAUUUUUUAUUUUGUCUAAAUUUUUAUCGUUAACUUUUAUGAAAACUUGUUUGUUUUUUAUAUAUAAAUAGCAAUACGUUUUUAUUGUAUGAUGAUUACUUUUAUUAGUGAAAUUUGUAGUAAUCGCUUUAAAUUAAAAUGAAUUUUGAAAUUAGUUACGCAAGUCCGCACUAAGUGCUCAACCAAAAGUAGGAACCAGCAUUUUUUUGUAUUUGAGAAAAAAAUUGAGCAAACUCAAAAAAUUAUAUUUUAUACUUGUCAAAUUAAGAUGUUUUGCAAAAAAAUAUUGCAAAAAUUGGAGAUUGGGAAAAAAAUGACCCAAAAAGUGGCCCCCUCUCUCCCUGCCCCAAACGUGAAAGUAACAAAGCAAAACUUUUUUUAAUUUUUUUUUUUUACUAUAAUAUAAAAAAAUGCUGUACAAACUAUUUAAGUUUGGUGAGUCAAAACUACAUAGUGUUGACUAUAACAGUCAUGAAAGAUUUUUUAAAUAAAUAUUUUGUUUCAGAAAAUAUUGCCUAUUCUUUUUUUAAA